AUGGUUUGGUAUGGUCAAUGCAUUCCAAGACACUCGUUUCAUCUUUGGUUGGUUUUAAAAAAUAAGCUGAAAACUCAGGAUAGGUUGGCGGUUUGGGAAGCGGGGAGUGAGACAAAUCUACGACUUAUGUGCUGUCCCCUUUGUAAUUAUGGACGUGACUCUAGAGAUCACCUAUUCUUUCAAUGCUCUUAUGCGGCGAAGAUAUGGAACAUUGUCAAGAGAAGGAUCGAUAUGGGGAAUGUAAACGACAAUUGGAACUCAAUAAUGGUGUGGAUUGAGCAGAAUGCGGCUUCUAAGAAGCUGGAACACAUUGUUUGUAAGCUUGUUGUUGCGGCUUCUACAUACUUCAUAUGGCAAGAAAGGAAUAACCGGUUGUUUUCAAACGUUCAAAGGAAGGAAGAGAUGGUGGCACAAGUUGUUCUUGAUAUAGUGCGGCUUCGUAUAAUGGGUUUCAAGUUUGGAAGAGACGCUAACCAUAGGAAGCUUUUGGAAGCAUGGCGAAUAAUGGAAGACGAACCGGGCUGA